AUGUGUUUCGUAACUCCCGAAUCGUAUGGACCAACUCCUCCGUUCGAAUUUGAACACGUUGAUUUGACAUUCUACCUUGAUGAGACGAACACUAAGGUGGUGUCCAAACUGACGGUGAAGCCGAAAGAGUCGAAGGAUCUGUGUUUGAACGGUGAGGAGUUGAAGCUGGAGAGCGUAGAAUUGGACGGUCAGAAGCUGGAGGCGGGUGGUAAGGACUUUGAAGAGAAGGAGGGGCUGUUGAUUGUGAAGAAGGACAGCUGGGGGGGCAAGGAAAAGUUUGUACUGCAGUUCACCAAUUUUGUUAAUCCGACGGCGAAUACUGCCCUGAUGGGUUUGUACAAGUCGGCCAACCUGUUGUGUACGCAGUGUGAAGCGGAAGGUUUCCGAAGGAUCACAUAUUUCAUCGAUAGACCGGAUGUGAUGAGCAAGUACAAGGUUACUUUGGUGGGUGAUAAGGCAAGGUAUCCCGUCAUGCUUUCGAAUGGCAACCUAAUCAAAUCUGAGGACCAGGGAUCGAAUCAUGUGUGUGUUUACGAAGACCCGUCGAAGAAGCCGUGCUACCUCUUUGCUGUAGUGGCAGGGCCGUUGGGUGUGUUGGAGGACACGUUUAAAAACCCGUCGGACGGUCCUGACCCUAAUCGGGAGAUUAAGCUGUAUUGUUACGCGGAAGAGAAGUACCUGGCGCGCUGCAAGUGGGCGUUGGAAUGCGUGAAGAAGGCGAUGUUCUGGGACUACACAGUGUGGCACCGUCCGUACGACCUGGACCGGUUCUCGAUCAUCUGUAUUGAAGAUUUCAAUGUCGGUGCUAUGGAGAACAAGUCAUUAACCACCUACAACAUCUCCUGCAUUCUCGGCUGCAAGGACACUGCCACUGACGGAAGACUGCAACGUAUCUCCGCCGUGAUUGGUCACGAGUAUUUCCACAACUGGUCUGGUAACCGAGUUACGGUUGAGUCGUGGUUCAAUGUCACGCUGAAGGAGGGCUUGACCAACUUCCGCGAACAGGAGUUCCAGCGCUGGGCAUGGAACGAAGGUGUGCAACGCAUCGAGGCCGUCCGCGCGCUACGCGCUCUUCAGUUCCCAGAAGAUGCAGGCCCUCUAUCACAUCCGGUGUGCCCACCCAAGUACAAGAGCAUCGACAAUUUCUACACCAUGACCAUUUAUGAAAAGGGUUCGGAGGUCAUCAACAUGCUCGAGCACCUUGUCGGCAAAGCCAACUUCCGCAAGGGAACUGACCACUACUUCACCAAAUACGAUGGUUGCGCCGUAAACUACCAUGAUUUUGCUUCAGCCAUCUUCGACGCCUCCGGGUGGAAGAAGGAAGACUACGACCAGUUCUUCCUUUGGUACCACCAAAAGGGAACUCCCAGACUUGUCGUGGAGGUACUGGAGGUGGAGGACAGCGCCAUCACCGUAAAGGUUACCCAGAAACUGCCCGCCCAUGCCGGCGCCGAAGGACAGGAGGCGAAGGCGUAUAUGAUGCCUUUCACCGUGGGCGUUAUUGACCGGGAGUCUAAGAAGGAGGCCGUUCCGACACAGAAGUUCAAGCUUACCGAGUUCGAGACGACCCUUAAGAUCGACGGCAGUGCGGGCGACAAGCCUCAAAAGGUGACUGGGCUGAAGAAGGGGGGCUUCGCACUCUCCGUCAAUCGCGAAUUCAGCGCUCCAGUCAUCGUAGAAGGCCUAGAAUGCCCCGAAGACCUGAGUCUGCUGCUCGGCUAUGACACGGACAGCUUCAAUCGCUGGGAUGCCGCGCAGGUGUUGUACAAGCGCGCCAUUAUGCAGAAGUUCGCCGAUAAAAACACGGCUCCUGGCGAGCUCGACUCUUACAUAAAGAACGGCAUCCAGGGUCUGCUAGCGGAGAACGAGCGAGUGGGCGGCAAGAACAACGGAUUCUUAGCAUUUUGCCUGGGGCUGCCGCUGGCGGCUGCGUUGGAGGCGACGAUGGAGCAGUCGGACCCGGUGUUGCUGAGCAAAUGCACGCACGCGCUGCGAAAGGAGAUUGCGGCUACCUUCAAGAAAGAGUUCACGGAACGCUUCAACAAGCUGUGGAACGAGGGCAAGGAUGAGGGGCACUGGGAGAUCACGGAGGAGGCGUGUAGUAAGAGGCAGUUGCGGAACGCGUGCUUAAGCUAUAUUUCGAUGAUCGAUGAACACACAAGCGACGAAGACGUUAAGGCCACCAAAGAGCGCAUAACUGCCUACGAGGCCAAGUGCCAGACCUACAAUGACCGACAGGCGGUGUACAACAUUCAAAUGGGAUGGUCCAAAAGGAUGGCGUCCGAAAAAGAUGCCGCCAUCGACAAGUUCUACAAACAUGUCGAGCACGACGAAAACCUACUCGAUGACUGGUUCGCCGGAAUCACCUGCAGUCCCGCCGAUGACACCCUCCAACGCGCUGAGAAACUUCGUCAACAUCCACGAUACGCAGAGUCCACCAAUCCCAACCGUUUCCGCGCUGUAACUCGUGCCUUCAGCAACAACCUUCGCAUCUUUCAUGAUGAGUCCGGCAAGGGUUACGAAUUCGUUGCACAAGAGGUCGCCCGUUUUGACAAAAUAAACGGAUCUGUCGCCGCAGUCUGCGCCAAGCAGCUUGUCAACUACAACAAGUACAGCCCCGAACGACAGACCCAAAUGAAGGCUCAAGUCGACUGGCUCGCCUCACAAACCCUCUCUAAAAGCACUCAGGAAAUCGUCAGCUGUCAUAAGUAA